AUGAUAGAAAAACAAUUAUACUUAUUGACAUGCAUAUUUGCUUCGAGAGGUGAUUCUCUUAAUUUAAAGAUUAUCUUGAAGAAUGAAAAGGUCAACGGUGUGAAUUUUGUUGAAAAAUUAAAUAUAGUGUGUGUAUUAUGGCCUGAAUUAGACGAUCCAUCGAAUCUCAAGUUUUUAUUCACAGAUGACGAAGAAAUGACAGAUGAUAGUGAUUUAAUUAGAAGUUAUGAUGGCGAUGAUAUUUAUAGAAAUCCUGCAGAUUUGGUUGUCAAUAUUCUGAAAAAUAAUGAAGAACUAAUAUCAAUUAUUGAAAGUGAUCACAAUUGCCUCAAUGAAAGAUAUGACCAUAUGGUUGAUUAUAUCAAUACAAAGCUGUCAGUAAUUCAAACUUUGAAGGGCUCUUUAGAUGUUUUGAAUACUGAACUAAGUUUAAAAUACACUUGGUUAAAAAAUCGUAUUAUUCUUGUGAAUAACUUUUAUCCAAUGGAUACAAUUUUUAAUAGAACGUUAUGGAGCUUAAAAGUAUUCCGGGAUAAGCCAAUUAAUGAUCAAAGCCAUUCAAUUUUUUUUAAUUGGAUUAAUGGUACAAUUUAUCCAUUAUAUUAUAUUAACCAAAGAUUAAAUAAAACUCUAAAAAUUCAAGAGUUUGAAAAUCUUAAAACUGAGGAUGUAAUUAAUAUGAUUUUAAAUUCGCAAGAAACUCUGAAAAAAGAAACUAUAGUUAAUGAAUUAUUCCCAUACAUUAGGUAUAAUAAUUGCUUCGACUUAUAUUUAGAAUCUUUUUUUAAUUCUGAUAAAAUUCAAAUUAAUAAUUUAAGUGAUUAUCAACGAUUUAAAAGUUUAUUUAUCGAGAUAAAUGAAGAGAUCCGUAGUUUUUUUGGUAAUCUUGAUGAAUUAACAUCCAUCAAUUCUAAAUUCCAAACUAAUUCUUUGGAUAUAAUUCUCAAAAAUAACAAAUGGCUAAUUACGCAAUUUAAAGGUACUAAAGAAAUUAAUGAAUUAAUAAUAAGAAUUGAUCAUAAUAUUGAAGCAAAGAAAUAUGGUAACUGCUUCAAAAUUAAGAAAAUAUUAAGAAUUAUUGAAAAUAUUUUUCAUAAUGACAUAACUUAUACUAUUGAUGAAAUUAAUGAUACAAUAGAGAAUAAUAAUAAAGAACAACAGGUAUCAAAAUUCACUGAAUUCUUGGAAAAUUUAAUGAAAAACGGUUAUAGUUUUAGAAUUGAGAAAUUAAUUACCAAUUCUGAAAAUAUUAAAGACAUUAAAUUUGUAUUUAACAAAUUUGAAACUACAGAGGAAAUUGAAAGAUUAGUAAUUGAUAUUUUAAUGAAUUAUAGGGAAUUUGAUCUCGUUGGGGAUAUUUUAGGUAGCCAUUCUGAUGAAGAUUCUCAAAUUAACGAUAUUGUUAUUAAAUAUUAUUGGAAAACAAUUAAAAAAUUUAAUAAUGAUGGUACAAAGAAAAAUGUAGAAAUGCUUAAUAUUGAAAAAAUAUUAACUAUAUUAAAACACCGCAAAGAAGUCAACGAAUACCAUUAUUUAAGGCAAUUAGUUAAUAAUUGUUAUGAAUUGAGCAAAUACUCAAUUAAACCUAUUGAUAUAAUUCAAUAUAAACAAGAGCCAAUUAAAAUUAUUUCUAAAAUGUUAGAAAAUAACAAUGGCCUUUAUAAGGAAUUUGAGAUUUUUAAUGAAAAAGUUUACAAUAAUCUUCAGAUUGAAAUUACCAAUGAUGAAAGAAUUGAAAUUAUUAAUCUACAAAUUAUUAAUUCCUUAAAGAAUUUUGAUUUUAAUUUUGCAUAUCAAAUGAUCCAAGAUUUAUUUGCAAAUUAUCAAGCGGAAUCAUAUCAGAAAUAUUGGGAAACUAUUUAUUUAUUUGUUAAAUUUACCGAUCCUAAAUGGUUUGACAUCAAUAAUUAUGGUGAUAAUAGCCGUAAUGAGAGUAGUGAUGAAUUACCAAUCAAUAUCAUAAUUACAAAACUAGAAAUCAUUGAAGAAUUAAGUAAUAUUUGCCCAGUUGAGGAAUCCGAAAAAGUUAUUAAUUAUUGGAGUGAAUUAGAAUUGGAACUUGCUACUAGAGAUAUUAUAUAUGAGGCUGAAUAUAUUGAAAAAGAUGAAAAUUCUAUGAACAAUAGCAUGAAUAAGAUUAUAAAUGACAUGUCCAUGACUGUAUCUAGCUUCUUCCCACAUUCAGCUGGUUCUAACACCACUGCCACUACUUAA